AUGUCCCGCCUCACCCGCUUCGUCCGCCUGAUGCACACCUCCGGGCGCCAAAUAGCCAAUCCCGGCCAAGGCGGCGCCCCAGGGAUGGGAAGCACCUCCCCACUCCCUCACUCCUCCCUCCCCUCCGUCCAGCCCGAAUCUCAAACCCCCAUCCUCGACUUCGAGCCCGCCAUACACGACCCAUCCGAGCUCCAGCACCCCGCAUCCUCCACUUCUCGCUUAGGCCGCAAGUACACGCUCAAGGGGAAACCCAUCAUCUCCCGCCCGGCACGCACUGUACCUGUUGCUCUGCCGUCAGGAUACCCCGAGCCGAGGUCAUAUCCCCCCUCGGAGGACUAUAUCGCUGGGAUGGAAAACCAGAAGAGGGCGCCCCAUCCCCUGUGGCAGUUCUUCCAUGUGCCAGAAAGCAGUCUGGGAAAGCUGAGCGCGGAUGUCAAGUCCCCGAGGGAUGGGGGGAGUCUGGAGACGUAUACUGCGGAUGAGGGGAAUGUGCGGUCAGGCCGAUCGUGGGCUGCGUCAGAGCUCAGACAGAAGAGCUUCGGUGAUCUGCAUACCUUGUGGUAUGUGCUCUUGAAGGAAUUGAAUGUAUUGGCCACGCAAAGGGAGGAAAGGCGGAGAUUGGGCAUCAUGGCAAGGGAAGCUGGAGAGUUGAUCACCAAGAGGGCAUUCCGCUGCCGCAAAUCGAUGGCCCGGAUCAAGUAUGUCCUCAACGAACGCCGACUCGGCCUACUCGCAGCUGCCAGCCCCUAUCAAUCCACCGCUCCCAACGUCCCCUUCUCCGCCAGCACCUCGUCCGACCCUUUCGCAGGGAUCGACGCUUUGCGGAAUACCGCCGAGAUCCCCACCUGGAUCCAGACUGGCCCGACCAUCGCUGAGAGCGAGGCGGAGAUUGCGGAGGGCGAGACGGGCGAGCUGGAAGCUGAGGCGGGAGAGCACGAGACGGUAGUGAGCGAUGCAGAGGUGGGGAAGGAGGAGGUGGAGAGUCGGGAUGAAGGGUUUGGAGGCGGUGAGGAGGCCAAGGAGUUUGUGAGGGAUGUGCAGGUCGGGGAGGGGGGCCAUGUGGAGAUCAAGAAGUAG